AUGUCGAAAGUUCCUAGAAAUUUUAAGUUAUUGGAAGAGUUAGAGAAGGGAGAGAAAGGUUUAGGAGCAGAAUCUAUUUCAUAUGGGUUGAGCAGCCAGGAUGAUAUUACCAUGACUUAUUGGAACGGAACGAUCUUAGGACCACCACAUUCAGUUCACGAAAAUAGGAUCUAUUCAUUAACUAUAAUUUGUGGUGAAAACUAUCCGGAUCAACCACCAAAGGUAAAAUUUAUUUCCAAGAUCAAUUUGCCAUGUGUGGAUUCAAGUGGAAAUGUCAUGCCAGACAAGUUUGAUGCAUUAAAAAACUGGAAGAGAACAUAUACGAUGGAAACCGUGCUUUUGGAAUUAAGAAAGACUAUGGCAUCUCUGGCAAACAAGAAAUUACCACAACCUAGCGAAGGUUCCACUUACGAAUGA